CUGGAACCGAAGUGGAGUGGAUCUGAACAAAACAAUGUGUUACGGAGCUCUCACAAUCCCCCAUUCUCUCGACACCCCUCUUCUGAUUUUCUUCUCAUGAUCUGUUUUCUUUGUCUAUCGUCCCUCAUCCCCGCAUAGUUCGAAUAUUUAGGAUCCAUCCCACGCCCGACGAGAAAUCCGUCAUUUGCGGCCUGCUAUCAGAAAUCAUCCGAGUCACUGGUGGCGCUUUUCCCCGACCGACCUCGCAACGCUAUCAGUGAUACCACCCCCCACGAUCCGAAUUCCGAAAUACCAUGGACUCCAUGCGCGGCCUGGGUCGAGCCCUCGCCUCCACCACGCCCCGCAAAUCCACCAAACUCGACCGCGCCGCCAACGUGCGCCAGUCGUUCAAAACCGCCGCCCUCUCUGUCACCAACCUGUACCGGGCGGUCGCCGCUGAGGCCGACGAGGCGUACGCCGAGGGCUACCGGGAUGCGGUGCAGGAUCUGGUGAAUUUCUUGGAUAAGGCGGAUCUUGGGUUGACAGAUGGGGAGGGGUGGAUGGUGCGAGAAUGGGCGACGCAGCGUUUUCAGUCGUCAUCGUUGGGAGGUGAGGGGGGGAAGGAGAGUGGGAGUGGGAGUGGGAAGGAAGAGAGUGCGCACCGGAGCUCGUCGCCGCCGUCGAUGCAGCAGGAUACACACAUCCCGGAGAAUGAACCGAUGCAAAGAUCGGAGGGGAUACAAACAUCGGAACCAGAACCACGACGACAAACCCCCCACCAGCAAUCCACCCUCUCCGAACCGCAAUCAUCACCGCACCACAUGCACCAACCAACAAUACCAGUUGAGCAGCAAGCACCCUCACGUCCGCAAACACGCUCCCUCGGGCCCGGCGCAGGCACACGCCGGAAAGCCGACGACGACCCCUCGCUCCACUACCAGGUGAAAAGCAGUCGGCGCGACCACUCCUCGCGGGCGUAUCCGCGGGAGAAAGUCGCCGCCAGCAACUUGCCCUCACUACCAAAUCCCUUCUUCGACGAGUUUGGGAAGACGAAUCCAGCAUUUCCGUCAUUUCCAGGGACAGGCAUCUAAGCGCAGCUAGGUCUGUCUGGUCUAUCAAAACCGGUCGAGAGCAGUAUAGGAUAAGCGAAUGCAACCUCGCGAUGUUCGAAGAUGAAACCCUUAAAAGGUUCGGAUGAGACGGAAGGAAAGGGGGAAUCAGUCCAUUUACAUCAAUCUUCUGGUGAAACGGACGUCGUCACGGACGGGUUUUUUUUGGAAUUGUCACACGAGAGCAUUUGCAUAGCAUCGCAUAGCAUGGAACAGGCAUCGGACAAGGGCAUCGGGCAUCAGUCAUCGGGAUACUUCGGUCCAUCCUUUGUUUUCGGUUUUUCUCUACAACGCAUCAUCAGUCACGAAACCAGCAUAUCGUCGGGUUAUGGAGGGGGGUGAUACCAUUGCAUAGUCCCAAGAUAGCGUCCAACUCUACCGUACUUAUAUACACAUCAUUCACCCCGGGGUCCUCCUCCCUAGGUGUAUAUC